AUAGCUUUUUAAAACAAGUACACCAUAUUCAAUACCACCAAUCCAUAUAAGUCCAUAGAAGUAAAACCAUAUCCUUCCAACGUUACAAUAAAAACGCUUCUUCUUCUCUUCUCCAUCAUCAUCAUUAUCUCCGUCACUUUCAUCUUCCUUUACCGUUACCGGCUCAACUCUCUCCGGUCCGGUUACCGUUCUUGCUUUUGUCUGAUGAUUCCAGGUGUUGCCAGCUGUUUUUUUUUUUUUUUUUAUCUUUUUUUCUUUUAAAAUCAAGUCCCCCUUGUUUAAAGUUAGUUAUAUGUCAGUUUUUGUCUGAUUGAGGAGGAAUUAGGUUUCUUCCGAUGGAGAAAGGGAUAUAAUAUCAAUUGGGUUUUGUUUAUUUCUCCAAUUUUUUAGUUUUGUCUUCUCAAUUGGGGUUUUGUGAUGGAAGCUAGAGGAACUCGAGGUGGUUGAGAAGAAGAAGAAGGUCAGAGUUUAUUUGGGUUUAGUGGUAAAACGAGUGUUGUAGAGUGGGAUUUGAAUGAUUGGAAAUGGGAUGGUCAUCUCUUCGUAGCCAGACAGUUGAAUCACGGCUCAUCCAACACCUCUUCUGCUUGCUCUGAUGAAGCAACUGUUGUUGAUAUCAUGGACAAUAUGAAUAAAAGAAGAGCUGUUACUGUGAUACCAAUGGAUGAUGAUGCUCCUAAGCUUACUUUGAAUCUUGGUGGUUGUGGUUGUGGUAAUAUUGCCAAAAAGACUAAACUUGGUGGUGGAUUACAGACUCGAGCCUGUCAGGUAGAGAAUUGUGGAUCUGAUUUAACCAAGGUUAAGGAUUACCAUAGACGUCAUAAGGUUUGUGAGAUGCAUUCUAAAGCUACUAGUGCACUUGUUGGAGGUAUUAUGCAGCGGUUUUGUCAGCAAUGUAGUAGGUUUCAUGUGCUUGAAGAGUUUGAUGAAGGAAAGAGAAGUUGUCGUAGACGUUUGGCUGGGCAUAAUAAGCGUAGGAGAAAAGCAAAUCCUGAUACUUUAGGCGAUGGGACUCCUGCAAGUGAUGGUCAAACAAGCAACUACUUGUUGAUUACUCUCUUGAAGAUACUCUCCAAUAUGCAUUUGAAUCAAUCGGACCAAACGGGUGAUCAGGAUCUGAUGUCUCAUCUUCUAAAGAGCCUUGUAAGCCAAGCUGGUGAACAUGUUGGGAAGAAUUUAGUUGGGCUUAUGCAGGGUGGAGGAGGACUUGAGGCUUCUCAAGCUUUGCUUUCACUCGAGCAAGCUCCUCGAGAAGAUAUAAAGCAUCAUUCAGUAAAUGUGCUUGAAACGCCUUGGCAAGAAGUGUAUCCCAAUUGUUCUGAAGAAAGAGCUGUCUUGGAUAGGUCCCAAAAGCAAGUCAAAAUGAAUGCUUUUGAUUUGAAUGAUGUAUACAUAGACUCGGAUGAUACUACAGAUCUAGAGAGAUCAUCACCUCCUCCCACAAAUCCAGCAACCAGUUCUCUUGAUUAUCACCAAGACUCGCGUCAGUCUAGUCCACCUCAGACUAGUAGAAACUCAGAUUCAGCUUCUGACCAAUCACCUUCAAGUUCCAGUAGAGAUGCUCAGAGCCGUACCGAUAGGAUUGUGUUCAAACUAUUUGGGAAAGUGCCGAAUGAUUUUCCAGUUGCCUUACGAGGACAGAUCCUUGACUGGUUAGCUCAUACUCCAACUGACAUGGAGAGCUACAUUAGACCUGGUUGUAUCGUUUUGACAGUUUAUCUUCGUCAAGAUGAAGCUUCUUAGGAAGAACUUUGUUGUGAUCUGAGUUUCAGCUUGAGGAGGCUUCUAGAUCUUUCACAUGAUCCUCUAUGGACUGAUGGGUGGAUUUAUCUUAGGGUGCAAAACCAGUUUGCAUUUGCGUUUAAUGGUCAGGUUGUUCUUGACACAUCGUUACCUCUAAGAAGCCAUGAUUAUAGCCAAAUCAUUACUGUUAGACCACUUGCUGUAACAAGGAAAGCUCAAUUUACAGUAAAAGGCAUCAAUCUCCAUCGACCUGGCACAAGGUUACUUUGUGCUGUAGAAGGAACAUACUUGGUUCAGGAAGCAACACAAGGAGUAAUGGAAGAGAGUGAUGAUCUUAAGGAGCACAAUGAGACUGAUUCUGUCAAAUUUUCUUGUGAGAUUCCUAUCGCAAGUGGUCGAGGUUUCAUGGAAAUUGAAGACCAAGGUGGGAUAAGCAGUAGUUUCUUCCCUUUCAUAGUUUCCGAGGACGAAGAUGUUUGUUCUGAAAUCCGAAGACUCGAAAGCACAUUAGAGUUCACCGGAACUGAUUCUGCAAUGCAAGCAAUGUAUUUCAUCCACGAAAUUGGUUGGCUUCUUCACAAAAGUGAAGUCAAUUCAAGACUUGCAGAAUCAGAUCAUCUAUUCCCUUUAAUACGACUUGCAGAAUCAGAUCAUCUAUUCCCUUUAAUACGGUUUAAGUUUAUAAUCGAGUUCUCGAUGGACCGGGAAUGGUGUGCUGUGAUCAAAAAGCUAUUGAAUAUACUCUUUGAAGAAGGAACGGUUGAUCUAUCCCCUGAUGCUGCAUUGUCAGAACUGUGUCUUCUUCACAGAGCCGCGAGGAAAAAUUCAAAACCCAUGGUUGAGAUGCUUCUUAGAUUCAUUCCAAAGAAGAAGAACCUAACAUUAUCCGGUUUGUUUAGACCUGAUGCAAGUGGUCCAGCCGGUUUAACACCGCUUCACAUUGCCGCUGGUAAAGACGGGUCAGAAGAUGUGUUGGACGCUCUUACUGACGAUCCCGGAAUGAUUGGUAUUCAAGCGUGGAAGACUUCCCGGAACCAUACAGGAUUCACACCAGAAGACUACGCACGUUUACGAGGUCACUUCUCCUAUAUUCAUCUCGUGCAACGGAAACUUAACCGGAAACCAACCGCCGAAGAACACGUGGUGGUCAACAUUCCAGAGUCUUUCAACAUUGACCACAAACAAGAAAAGAAGAGUCUAAAUGAUUCAUCAAGCUUGAAGAUCAACCAGUGUAAGCUCUGUGAUCACAAACGUGUGUUUGUCACAAGACAACACAGUUCUGUUGCUUAUAGGCCAGCAAUGCUUUCCAUGGUAGCGAUUGCGGCGGUUUGCGUUUGUGUUGCUCUUUUGUUCAAGAGUUGCCCGGAAGUGCUCUAUGUUUUUCAGCCGUUCAGGUGGGAACUACUUGCAUAUGGAACAAGCUAGUAAAAAAUCCUUCUAUACAUUGAAGAAGAAGAAUCUUCUAAACGAAGAUGUGUUGUUGUAAAAUCUACAAACGAGUGUAUUUUUAUAAAUUUUACUGGAAUCUAGUAUAUUAUUCAUCUAA